AUGGCAACAUUUGAGGCUGGGAGAAGCUGGGUGAUCCUGGCUGCCUGUGCCUUCCGCCUGACUGACAACUGGAUGAGCAAAAGGAUGGAGACCACCUUAAGGCCUCAGGGCCAGGGCCUCAUGGGCUCAGUUGGAUGCCCUCUGGAACCCUGCAGUGAUCAGUACUGCAGGCUGGGCAAGAGGAAGGCACGUUCCACCAAGGAUGCAGAUGUCUGUGAACUCCAGCCUAGUGGCUGGGAGAAGAGAGCUGAGCCCCGAAGGACAGCUGAAGGACACAUUGGCUUCAAGAGGCUGAGGCUGAAUGGAGCAGGCUCCACCCACAAACCAGUGGCCAUUGGGCCAGAGCAGUUCCGCCUGGUGGGCGGCCGGGACUUCAGCGCACCCCUCACCAUCUCGCGGGUCCAUGCUGGCAGUAAGGCUGCCCUGGCUUCCCUGUGCCCAGGUGACCUGAUCCAGGCCAUCAAUGGAGAGAGCACAGAGCUCAUGACACACCUGGAGGCGCAGAACCGCAUCAAAGGCUGUCAUGAUCACCUCACACUGUCUGUGAGCAGGCCUGAGAACAAGAGCUGGCCCAGUUCCCCUGAUGACAAGGCUCAAGCACACAAGAUCCACAUCGACCACGAGGCCCAGGAUGGCAGUCCAGUGACCAGCAGGCGGUCCUCAGUCACAGGGAUUGGACUGGAAGAUAGCAGAUCAAGCCUGGGAUCUCCAUACGGGCAGCCACCUCGCCUUCCAGUCCCUCACAAUGGCAAUAGCAAUGAGGCCACUCUGCCAGCCCAGAUGAGUGCCCUGCAUGUGUCUCCACCCUCCAGCACUGAUCCAGCCAGAGUUCUCCCUCGGAACCGGGACUGCAGGGUAGACCUGGGUUCAGAGGUGUACAGGAUGCUAAGGGAGCCGUCAGAGCCAACAGCCUCAGAGCCCAAGCAAUCUGGCUCCUUCCGCUACUUGCAAGGCAUGCUAGAGGCCGGUGAAGGUGGGGAGCGACCUGGAUCUGGUGGUCCUCGGAACAUCAAGCCAGCCGCCAGCAAGCUGGGUGCUCCGUUGAGCGGCCUUCAGGGAUUGCCAGAGUGCACACGCUGUGGUCACGGGAUUGUGGGCACCAUCGUCAAGGCCCGGGACAAGCUCUACCACCCUGAGUGCUUCAUGUGUAGUGACUGUGGCCUGAAUCUCAAGCAGCGAGGUUAUUUCUUCCUGGAUGAAAGGCUGUACUGUGAGAACCAUGCCAAGGCACGAGUCAAGCCACCCGAGGGCUAUGAUGUGGUGGCCGUGUACCCCAACGCCAAGGUGGAACUUGUUUGAAUGAGGACACCUUGCACCCCCCUGCUUCAUUUAAUGUCUCUGCGUGGCCCCGUGUAAAUAUGUUUCCCCUGGCCUCUCUAAUAAAGUCCCUUUGUGCUCUCUGGAA